CAGUUUGUGCGGCCUGAACUAAGCCUACGUGUACAUAAACAAACCGCGGCGAGGUGCCUGUGCAUGUGUGCUGUGUCAUGCAUUUGUGUGUCGGUGCGGUGGCCGCGAUUCCGGACUCUUCCUUCUUAUAUAUAUAUACACACAUGUACUUGUAUUUCUGAGUUGUUAAACACAAGUACACGUCGGUCAAAGCUUUAAUGAAAAAUGCAUAUACGAGCGAAGUUCUUGCUUUAUUCGUUCUCAGUUUUGUGCAUGAUUUGGGGGUCAGAAGCAACCCUGAAAGAGGAUGUUCCAGCGGAUGCUGAGGUCGACCAAUAUGAGGAGAUGGUCUUCAUCGAGGGCCAACAGUUCACCAUGGGAACCGACGCAAAGGAUGCAAAGGACGGGGAGGCGCCCUCCCGCCUUGAGAUGGUCAAGUCGUUCAAGAUCAGCAAGUAUCCGGUGACCAUCGCCUCCUUCAGAAAAUUUGUGAGGGCCAAGAAGUACAAGACGGAGGCUGAACAGUUUGGCUGGAGCUUCGUUUUGGAGAUGUUCGUGCCGGAGAAGGUCAGCAAAGCAGCAAAAGACAGAAUAAAGGGGGCGCCUUGGUGGGUACCAGUUGAUAGAGCCUAUUGGAGAAUGCCAGAAGGGACAGACUCGACCAUCGAAGGCCGGUUGAACCAUCCUGUUGUUCACGUCAGCCUGCGGGACGCCAGGGCCUACUGUGACUGGCAUGGAUGGAGGGUGCCCACCGAGACGGAGUGGGAGUUUGCCGCCAGAGGUGGCCUAGCAAAGAGGAAGUACCCAUGGGGCAACAAGUUUGACGUGACUCGCAUGAACUUUUGGCAAGGGAAAUUUCCCGACACUAAUGUGGCGAAAGACGGCUACAAGGGCGUGUCUCCGGUCGACGCCUUCCCCGAACAGAAUGACUAUGGCCUGUAUGAUAUGGUUGGCAAUGUGUGGGAGUGGACCUCCUCCCGCUACGACAGUCAAGACGACGCCCCAGAGUCGGACGGCACCAAGUACGCCUUGCGAGGCGGGUCCUACAUCGACUCCAAGGAUGGCUCCUUUAAUCAUCAAGUCAGGGUCACCACCAGAACGGGCAACACACCAGAUGCUGGCUCGGACAAUGUGGGCUUCCGCUGUGCAAUGUCGGUCACCUCAACCGAUGCCCAGAGGCCCCCCAAGGGCAAGAAAAUUAAUCAGGGCAGAAGCCAGCAGGCUGAGGAGCCCCGGGUCGUGGUUCAAGACGGCAAGAAGGCCAAACCCAUCAAACCGAACCCGGCUGAUUUGAACGGCAAGAAGACCACGGGUGAAAAGAAAAACAAGGUUGAACUUUAACAAAUAUUUUUGCAGUUUUUUCCAGCGUGUGGCUUUCGUCAUUUGUAAACUCGUCCACUUUUAUGUGAGUUUUUGAUACUCAGUGAAGCCUCAGGAUUCUUUCUUCAGAAUCGAUUUUUUUUUUGGAAGUUGUAAUUUUUCUACCCACCGUUUUCGCCUUUUCAGACGUGACAGUUUAGUAACUAUUGACAGACUGCAUUAGCCCUAACCAUUCUGAAUCCAACAAGCAUAUAUGCAUGAUUUCAAUUUUCCCAGAAGGGGGUUAGGGUCUCUGUGAGAACAUGUAAACUUGGAUCACAUGCAGCUGGGUGUUUUUGUGAAAAUCCACCGUAGAGGGAAUGGAUACCAUUCAAUGUGCAAUGAGCAAUCCAUUUAUUGAUAGUGGGGAAAACGACUUGUUGCUCACUUCUUUUUACAACUACUUACUUCAAGCAAUGUUAUUGGCUUGAGCUUUUUUUUUUCUACAAUUUCAGUCCACGUGUACAGGAAGUUCACAGACAUGUGUUGUAUGCAUCUAAUGUAAAUUAUCCAAAAUCGGGCCAUUGCAAAGUAGGGCUGUGCCGAAUAUCCAAAUAACCGAAUAUGCGAUCGAUUGGCAAAUAUUCGAAUAUUAUUUUUCGAAU